AGCAGGGAGGACUGAGGUUGCUUUCUGAGUCUGGGGUUCCAGCGCAGUUCUGCUGUGUGUGGCGUCAGGAGAGUUUCUUCAAAAUGAACCUCUUCUGCUUCUCCCUGGAGGGCUCUAUGGACAGCCUGUAUGAGCCCGUCCAGGAUCCCCAUGACACCCAGGAGUGCUCCAUUCCCAGCAGGCCCUGCAGCCCAGCGAUGGUCUCUCAGCCUGCAUGGCACAGCUCAGAGAGAUCCAUCCCAGCCGAGCUUUCGCAAUCCCAUUCUCAUGAUUUUAAAAAGAAGAAAAGAAAAACACCGAUACGAAGAUCAGAAUCUGACAAUGAAAUACUAGAUAACACGGACUGCUAUAAUGUGCUCAGGCAAUCCUUCAGGAAGAAAGAAGAUGUUUCCAAUGUGAAAACCUACCAACCUGAAGAAAUGGUGGAAGACUUCCUACUGGGAGAUUUCCUGAGUGCUGGAGACAGAGUACACCUGCUGAGAGACCAGUGGACCAAGGAUUCGUCUCCCCAGAUAGUGACUUAUGAAGCCUGGAUUCCAAGCUGGGAACAGUCAGAUAUUGGACAUCUACAACAGGACAUGCUGGGAGAGACGGAGGACGAGGGCGCCGAGUCCAGGGGAACCCUGCGGAGGCUCCAGAGGCUUGUCGGGGUGAAGAAGGGCUGCCGGAGCGGCGCAGAGGAGGGCAGGAGCGUGGACACGGCCGGGGCUCCUGUUCAGGACAUGGUGCUUUUAGAUGACAGCCCAGUCAUAUCCUGCAUCAAACUUCCCCGAAACCCAGAGAGGAAGCCCAGCAAGGAGGUCCAGCAGCCAGUCCAGCAGAGUGGCUCCAGCACGGACCAGUCCUGGGGCUCCGCACAGUGGCCUGGCCGCUCCCACUGGGGCGGCCCGGGUGAGCGCCCCCCUCCCUGGGACCGCGCCUACCACACCUGCCACAGGCCCCUGCCGGAUCACCGGCUGUACGGGCUGGACUUCACGCUGCCCCGGGCCAAGGACUGGGACAGGCUGGAGUACUGCGGACACGGCCGCUCGCCGCCUCGCUUCGCCCGCUCGGCCACCGACGUGGACCUCCGCGAUGCCCAGCGAUCAAGCAGCUUUGGCAGAUUCGAUGCCUUCAGACACCAGUCGUCCCCUGUCAAGCCAGAGGAGAAUGCAGAGACUGAACCUACAGAGGGAGAAGCGGCAGCGGAGAGCUGUGACCAGAAUCAGAACAGGACGGGAAGCCUGGGAAAGAAGAUGAGGGCCAUUUCGAUGACCAUGCGCAAGAAGAUGGGGAAGAAGUAUGUCAAAGCCCUCUCAGAGGAGAUGGGUGACGGAGCAGACAGAGAGCAUGAAGGCAAUGCUGAGACGAGUCAUCCCAUGGAGAAAGGCCCAGGGACCACCAAUGGCUCUGCAGAGAGCCUCUAUAGUCUCAAGAGUGGGCAGAGCUCCUCCAGCGGAGUCACCAGUGGUUCAGAUGGGUCAAGUAACAGAGACAGUUUAAGACUGGAAGAAGAAAUCCCAUACACAGGGCCCUUCUGUGGGAGAGCCAGAGUGCACACAGACUUCAUCCCCAGCCCAUAUGACACAGACUCCCUCAAACUUAAGGCAGGAGACAUUAUUGACGUUAUCAGCAAGCCACCCAUGGGAAUAUGGACAGGCAUGUUGAACAACAAAGUGGGCAACUUCAAAUUCAUCUAUGUUGACGUCCUGAUUGACGUAGAGGUGGAGCCCCGAAAGAUAAGACCUCACCGCAGAAGCAAGCGCCCCAGACCCAGAACCCUGCAGGAACUUCUGGAGCGCAUCAACUUGGAGGAGUAUGCUUCGUCUUUGCUGCUCAAUGGCUAUGAGACAGUGGAAGACCUCAAAGAUUUAAAGGAAAAUCACCUGGUAGAGCUGAAUGUGUCUGACCCAGAGCACAGGGCCAGGCUGCUGGCUGCCACUGAGUUUCUCCUUGACCUGGAAAGUGAAAAUGAGCAGGAGAGCAGAGAUCUCCAGGCCUCUCACUCCCAGUCCAAUUGUCUCAAGGUGGAUCAGGAUCAUCCGAACGAAUGUCCCAGAGAUUCUGGUUGCUACAUAACUUCAGAAAGCUCGGACAAUAGCAAAGAUGAUGUGGGAAGUGAAAGUCAUCCAGAAACAGUAGAGAUCCCUCCCUCUGUGUCCUAACUGUCUCCAGAACAGAUUCUUCCUACUGUAUAUUGUUAUACUUAAAGAAUGUAAAUAUCCUCAAAGACCUGCUUCAUCUCUUAUCUUGUUAUUUCCAACACCUAUUUUUUUUCCCACUUGUCUGCUUUAUGUUGCCAUCUGAAUCCCUUCUCUGAUUGCACGGAACCGUUUUCUGUGACAAAACGGAAUCUCUCCUUUCUGUGCCCCAUACUGUGGACAAACAAACCUGGGGCAUCAAGAAUGCUCUUGAUGUGUGCUGCUCAUGGCUUUGCCUAAUCACCUCAAUUGAAGUGUUGCUUCAAUUUAACUUGUCAAGUAGGACACUGAAGAAGUUACAUUUUGUGUUAGUGUACCCAACGGAGAAUACUGUACACAUUUCUUCCCAGUCCCUGGGCAAUGCUGUAAAUAUGUUGUGUAAAACAAGUGUAUGAUGUAAGAAAGUACUCAGUGAAAAUUAAAUGUAGAUUAUUUAUGUUAACAUUUAAAACAUUUACCCUUCUUUAUAGCUACUAUUUGUAUGAUUUUAUUAAGUAUUGUUAAAUAAAAUAUUUGUAAAAAUAAA